AUGGAAUACGGAACAGAUAAUUAUAGCUGCCCAACAACACAAAAACAACAUGAAUUGUCUGUUGAGGAUGUGUAUGACAAAGAAGAGCUAUCUACGAAAUUAGUAGUUAAGGAUCACAAUGCAGACAUGUAUAGGGUUUUUCAUUCACGUGAAGAGUUUUGGGAGUUCCACGAUAACGUAACCGAACACUUAAGAUCCUUUUCCGAAGUAGUGUAUGGGGAUUUACCACAAUUUCCUCGGAUACAUGUAGAGUUCGGUUCACUCAAUAGAAUCUCUGGAACAAAAAUAGUUAAUUUACUGAGACAAGCUCUUGACGGGAUGUUGGAAGUGUUUCGUGAUAAUUAUAGUGGAAUAACGAAUGUGCCUAAAUCACCAAAUGACUUUGUUGUCAUGGACGAGUAUGGUCAGAAUAGGCAUGGUUACUGGACAAACGAUUUUCACAUACAGGCCACAUCAUUUACAUUUACAGACUAUAAAGAGGCUAAGGAGUUUACUCAUCGUGUACGCUCAAGUUUACCUGUAGAGGUUGGACGAUUCAUUAGUCUCCAAUACAAUGACCCUAUUCAACUAGUCCCUAUACUUGGCUCUACAUGUCCUAAGGAAUCCUUACACAAGAAAGUUUCUCGUUUUAGUCAAUUCUUAGGAACAAACGUUGAUAUUCACAAGAACGAAUUAUUUGUUAAAAAGUUUCCGGACUUGAGUUGCAUGGUUCCUUCUACACCAAUAGCCAAAUGUGACAUACAAAAUGGAUGUAUCUCGUCUGGUUCAUCAAAUAAUCAUGAAAAUAUGAAUGAAGUUCCUCACACUGUGAUCAGCAGAAACGACUUUACUGUCCAACAACAAACUACCUCAUUGGCGAAACAAGAUGAUUUGUGCGGUGAAGAAUCGUUACAGAACAAAGGUUAUCGUGAUAAACAAUCUGACAGUACCGGUAACGAACAAAGGGAAGGCACGAUUACAACGUUGCCAACAAAAAAACAUCUGCCUUCGAUUAAUAAUCAGUACGCUAUUGCAUUAAACUGUUUGGUCCUGCUUUUCUUCAUUGCAAAGGAGAUUAAACAAAGCAGUAUAAGACAAAUGCGGAGUGGAACACAUGUCACUGAAUCAAAGUUACCACAGAAGAAAAAAGAUGGUAUGUUGGAAAGACAGCAGCAUCAACGUCAACAUAGAGGAAAUGCGAGAAUUGGAAAAGACCUUGGACGCAGAAGUAGUAAUCGUUGGAAUGGUUGGAAGACUCAUAGUAAUCAAAAUAUUCGGUUCAAGAACUAUUUUCGCAAAAAUGAGACGAAUAACUGGGAGAGAAUAUUAGUUUCCAUGAUUCCACUUGUUCGUAAUGUUAUAUGUGUACACAAUACCAGUGGGUUUCGCCUAGUUUUCACUGAAACAAGAUCAUAUGGGUGCGGUCCUCACAUGUUCAUAGCAAUUACACCAUCGUGCCAAUUAUACCAAUUCAAUCCACCAUGA